GAGCAGGCAGAGCUCGAGCCGGACGUCUUCACCACAUCAUCAGCAGACUUCAGCUCUGGGAAAGCACGGUUCUCCAGUUUCCUCUGUUUGGCUAAACUGGCCUGGAGAUGCUCGAUACUCACUGAGCUCUGUAAGCUGCUCACAGGAGGUUUUGCGGUUUGGAGGCAGCAUUUUUAGAGUGUAAGUUCAGUGAGGAGGUGCUCGGAGGGGUCUACUGCUAACCUUAGCUAGUUGAGCGUGACAGAUCCGACCACAGACGAGAACGAAUGGUUUUCCUUCAUACGGACCCAGAAACGCAUGGACUUUGUAUGAGAGAUCUUGGAGGUGAGUCCCACCACUUUACACCAGGGAUAUCAGUGGAAAAGGGAAAGAAGGGUCCCUCUCAUUUGAAAGGCAUCCAUCUCUUCCAGAGCUCCACCAUGUCUCUGGCCUCCUUCCACUUGAUGCAGACCCUAAAGAACUCCCCUGCAGCCCUCCGAAGGCACUUCCGGCGGGACCGCACUGAGAGCCUUUCUCACGGAGACCCCAUCUUCAAGGUACACUAUUUGGGUACCAAGAAGAUCUUCUCCUUGGACCUGGAGCAGGCAGAGGAUGCUAUAGACCGGCUUCUAGAUGGUGCACCUGGCAAGUUAUCCAAGGACCAUGCCCUUGUGGUGCGGCCACGCUAUGUGGAAGUCAAAGAGUUAAGCACAGGGAGGCAGCUCACCAAGACCUACCUGCACGACAUUGCAUACUGUGCUUCGCACACAGCCCGGCCCAACGUGUUCCUCUAUAUCUGCAGGCAGCCAGGUCAACAGCUGCAGUGCAGGGUGUUCUGGUGUAGUCGGGUGGAAAGGGCUAAGGACAUGACUGCGUGCCUGGCAAAAUCAUUUCAGAGGGCAUUAAACGAUUGGCAGGAUGGGUGUGCCACGUUGGCGCAGGCAGAAGGCGUCGCUAAGGAGGACGAGGCACUCAGCAACUCUACCAUGCCCAAAGUGUCAACGUUGCCAGCCAGUCUGGGAAAAGUUCGUUGGAAGAAGAAAGGCUCUGUGUCUCGCAGUCCUCUGAGAGCAAUCACCAGACGGGGAUCAGGAAGUGACAGCUGGCACUGAAUUGUCCAGGUUCAACCCUUCUGCUUGAUCUUUUGACCCCUAUGGGAUCUUACCAACUAGAAGACACUUUCUUGUGUUUGGGGAGGUGGGAGCAGGGAGACGGGAGGUGGGAGGGGAGAGAAAGGCAACAACAGCUGGACUGAACAGAACAGACCACCAAACCUUUCCUCCCAGGAAAGUAGUCUUGAGACUGCAGUCAGUGUUUGAAGUGAUGCCAACUUUGCUGUUUGGUUAUAUGCUGGCCAAUUUUAUUUUAUUCUUCAUCUUAUUGAUGGUAGUGUUGUGUACCAGUGUCGGUACUUUGGGACCAUUAAGCCUAAAAUGCAACGUUGUGCAGACAAAGUGCAUCACCAGUCAACUAAAACCAACCUAACCAGUUGCUAACAGUGACAAGUGUUUUAAUCGGUUUGGCCUGUUCUGAGUACAUAUAUGUUUGGGAAGGGGAUGAGCAUGACUGACAUGACUGAUGAACAUUGAAACAGGAAACGUGUCUGUGUUUGUAUUGGACCUGUCAUGCUGGAGAUUUGUGUGGGAACAGGGAGGAUGCUGGGACAAGAAUAGCAGACAAUAGCAAGACAAUUCCAUCUAAUUCAAGCAUAAAGGUGGAUUACCAUGUUAAAAUACAGUGGCAAAAAUUAGACCUUUCACAUAUACUUUUGGGCCAGUUUUAAGACUUUAAGCAGUGGAAGGGAAAUCAAUGUGAAUUAACUAGCUAGAACUGUAAUAAUCUUUAGUCUUUUAUCAUGAGAACAAAUAGGUUCUGCUAUGUAAGGGCCUAUUUCCCUGCAGAAAAACAUUCACGUUGGAUUCAGUCUUCUAAAGAUUUUCACCAUUUCAUUUGCCUCUGAGCAAAUAGUCAGCAAGGCAGUAAGCCAUGACUUCAAGUACUCUCCCAAAGAGAAAACAAAGUGACUAAGUGGGUAUUCUGCAUUCUUGUGCACGUUUGGUUAGAGAACACAGUGCGCCCUAAGUAGUUUGGAAUUCUUGCCGUGCACCUGCAUUCCGGUAGGGCCAUUCUGGACUCCUUUAUGUCCCUGCCCCUCCUCCUUCCCCUGUCUGCCUUCAUGACUCUGCAAGUUUUGAAGCAAAACAUCAACUCAAGUGUUUUUCUUUUCCACAUUUUGCAGAUUCAUGCUAGUGACUUUUUUGAGACCAAGAGAUUUAAAUGCUGAUUAUGCUAACAACUGCACAGAGAACCUAAGCAGAGUUUUAACAGGGCCAAGCACUUGUCACGUAUCCUCUUGCUUUAUUAGCAUAAACCAUGUGUUCUAAACAGGCUGAAUGGUCCAGAUUUACUGGACCAUUUACCUAGCCCCAUAAGUAUCCAUCUCAUCUAGACAGCAUAUCCUUGCUGUUACAUAUUCUGACUGGACGCAGCUGCAUGUUUCAGUAUCUUAUUGUGCCUGGCCCAAAUAUUACAGCAUCCAGGCAUGUAGAUCAUUAAUUUUCUGGAUAUUUUAAUCCUUGCUGGUUUUAAUCUAAAGCAUAUUAAAGUGUAACCCGUGUUACAAAGAUGCCAGACCUGCUUUCAGGAUCUGUAUGUCUGCUCGAGGGUUUUUAUGUCUAAUAAAUGUGCAUGUUUUUAUUUUAUAUAUUCUGUGUACAUAUUUAAAUAUGUAUCUUAUUAAA